AUGCCCCGCGGGAAGAGGGACCCCGUGCUGCUGUCCCCCGCCGAGCUGCCCGGCCCCGACGGCGACGGUCCCCGCUCGGGGGGGCACGGCCGGCCGGCCGCGGAGGAGGAGGAGGAGGAGGAGGGAAACCUCCCCGGGUUGCCCCGCGACGACCUCGCCAAGAGCAUGUCGGGCUCCUCCGUGUCCUCCUACCACUCCGCGCUGUGCUCGGACGGCACGGAGAUCUUCAAGGACUGCCUGGAGUAUCUGGACGAGGAGGGGCCGCCCCCCCGGGCUGCCCCGGAGCGCUGGGCUCCGGCGGGGGCCCCAGGCGAUCCCCCGCCCGGCCCCCUCGCCCGCCCGCAGCAGGCUCAGCUGUCCGGCCCGGCUAAGAAUAGCCCAGCGCCGGGGCAGGGGGGCAGGAUGGGUCCCCGCGGAAGGGACCGGCAGCCCGGGACGGCCGCGGCGGCGGGCGGGGAGCCGGCGGUGCCCCGACAGCCCGGGGGGAUGCUCGGCGGGGCGCCCAGCGACUCGGACGAGCUGGACGGCGAGGUGCAGGCGCUGACGGCCAGGGCUUUCCGCAGCCUCUCGGGGCUCCCCGCCGCCCGCCUCGACAUGUGCAGCUCCCACACCUCGUCCAGCCUCUCCAACUCGCUGUCGGAGGACGGCGGGCGCCCGCGGCGGUGGCCGGCGGCCCCCGGGGAGCCCCGGGGCGCAGGGACAGCCCUCCACGGCAGGGUGGGAUGGCCUUUCCCCGCCGCCGUGGACGGGGAGCUGCUGGGGAAGGAGCAGUUCGAGUGCGUGGACGUGGAGCUGGAGAGCGGAGAGGCCAGGAAAGGCCACGGCAAGAAGAGGACGGUGCCCAAGCGCCAGAUCCUGCUGAAGAGGAAGGAGAGGAAGGAGACGGGUUUUGGUCCCCGGGGGGACGGCCCGGCGCCCCAGCCCCAGCCCCCUGCCAGGAAGGAGCCCCCCAGCAAGGGUAGGGCCAUCGGCGACGACUUCAGGCUCAACUACCAGCAGUUCAUGAAGACGGCCUCCCUGGACACCGGCACCGACAGGACCAGGGCGGCCUCGUGCCUCGUGAAAAACGUCUUGGCCAAGAAGAUGCAGUACGAGCAACGCAUCAAGAUGGAGCAGAAGGGGCUGCGGGGCAGCUCCACCUCCUCGGGGCCGUCCUCCGCCGGCACCGACCUGCUGGGGGAUGGUCUGGAGGGCAAGUCCAGCUCACUGUCGCGCUCAGACUGCAGCUUCUCGGCCGAGGACCUGCGGGGCGGUGGGAUGCCCGUGUCCGUGGGGGACACCACCACCACCCAUCCCACCAAGGGGGUGGUGCUGAGCGAAGCCACCAGGGAGACUGUCUGCAACCUGAGGAAGACCUUCAAUGAGCUUAACCAGAGGAUGAAGUACCAGGAGGUGCUGGAGGGCCGCUGGCUGCCCAGCGCCAGGGAGGAACCGACGUCGGAGAGGAUCUGCUACCAGCGAGCCCGCGCCUUGUUCGAAGGCCAGCCCGGGGUGGGGAAGGUGCUGGAUGUCGCCCCCAGAUUUGGGAGAGCACCAAAGCCGUGGCCCAGCUUGAAGGAGCGAGCCAUCGGCCCCAUCCACUCCCAAGCCCUCCCCUUCAAGGCCGACAGCCGGGCACUCCCCACCACGGCACCACGACGUCACUUCGCCCCCCGGGCACAGGAGCUGAGGAAGCUGCCGCAGAGCCGGCCGGAGGAGAAGCCACCGGCAGCGCCCCGCCGGCCACCCAGCCCUGGCAUCCCGGCACCCCGGCGGUCCCCGCCGGCCAUCCCCCCCAAGCCAGAGGAGAAGGGGAAGGGGCGCGUCCCGCAGCCCCGAGACGUGCGCAAGCUGGUGAAGAGCAGCUACAGCCUCAGCUUCGGGACUGCCAGCGCACCCCGUGGCACUGCGGCACCGGCGAGGAACGCGGACCCGCUGCCGGCCGCCCCGCUGGUCAUCCACUGCACCUCCGUGUGCCGCCGGGAGCCCGCGGCCGAGCCGGCCGGGGAGGAGGUGCCGGCAGCCCCCGGCCGAGAGCCAGCCCCAGUGUGCGCCGAGGGGCCCGCAAAGCCCCCCUCGGGGGGCAGCCAGCCCUCGCCCAGCCACAGCUCCCCCAUCAACAUCACGAGGGUCCAGGCCACACGCAGGGAAGCAGCCGCCGUGGAGGAGCCGCCGGCGUCCCCCCCGCGCCGGGAGCGGAGCGAGCUCAGGGUGCCACCGCGGGCGCCGCUGGCCGAGGGGAUGCCACAUGUGGAGACCCACCUGCACGUCCUGGUGGGUCGGCCGUCCCCAGUGGCCAGGGAGGGCUCCCCGGCCCAGAGCAGCGCCGUGCUGCGGACAGAGAAGACCCUUCUCCUCCCUCCAUCGCCACCCAGUCCCGUGAAGGAGGGACGCAGCCCUGGUGGCACUGGAGGGCCCCACAUGGCCAAGGGGUGCGAGGUGACAGGGCAGUGGCUUGGGGGCAGCGACAGCGGGGACCCCCGGGCAGGACCCCCGGCCGGCGGCAGCGCCCACCCCCGGCCUGCGGAACCGGUCGCGAGGAGCGUGGCGGAGCCACGGGCCAGCGAGCACAGGCAGGAGCCGCCGGGCAGCCGGAGGGUGUCAGUGGGCAGCGGUAGCUCUGCUGGUGGCACCGGCCCCUCUGCCUCGCUCCGAGCCGGGGAGAGAGGUGAAGGUGCCCCCAGGCAGCUACCAGAGUGGAGGGAGCCCUGGGAGCUCUCACCACAGUGGCCGGGAGCCACAGAGCCACACCCUCCUGCGGCCCCCGCUGACAACUCCAACUACUUGGCAAUGCCUGAGAGAGCCCCCAAACCCUUGCCAGUGCCAAAACUGCCCUCAGUCCCCUACCCAGGCAAUGCAUCCUUUGGGACCCCCUUGGUCCCCAGCCCAGCCAACACAUCCUUUGGGACUCCCUUGGUUCCCAACCCAGGCAGUGCAUCCUUUGGGACCCCCUUAGUCUCCAGCCCAGCCAGCACAUCUUUUGGGCCCCCCUUGGUUCCCAACCUGUCCAGUGCAUCCUUUGGGACCUCCAUGGUCACCAACGUGACUAAUUCAUCCUUUGGCUACCCAUCUGCCUCCAGCCUGGCCAGCACAUCAUUUGGGACUCCCUUGGUCUCCAACCACAACAAUAAGUCUUUUGGGACCCCUUUGGUUCCCAACCUGGCCAGCACAUCCUUUGGGAACUCCUUGGUCUCCAAUCCAACCAGUGUAUCCAUUGGGUCCCCCUCUUUCCCCAGUCCAUCCAGUGUAUCCUUUGGGUCUCCCAUGGUCCCCAAUCCAUCCAGCAUGUCUUUUGGGUCCCCACUGGUCCACAAUGCACCCAAUGUAUCCUUUGGGAACCCCUUGGUGCCCAAUCCAUCCAGUGUAUCCUUUGGGAACCCCUUGGUGCCCAAUCCAUCCAGUGUAAUCUUUGGGAACCCCUUGGUGCCCAAUCCAUCCAGUGCAUCCUUUGGGAACCCCUUGGUGCCCAAUCCAUCCAGUGCAUCCUUUGGGAACCCCUUGGUGCCCAAUCCAUCCAGUGCAUCCUUUGGGAACCCCUUGGUCCCCAACCCCCCCAGUUCAUCCUUUGGAUCCUCCUUGGUCACCAACCCAGUCCCAGCCUCCCUUGGACAUCCAUCAGUCUCCAGCAUCUCCAGCUCUUUCUUUGGAUCCCCUCUGGUCCCCAGCUCAGCCAGUGCUCCACUGGGACCGGGGCUGUAUCCCCUGGCUGGUGGGGAAGCACCCUGGAGUAAACCCAGCCCUGAGCCCCCCCUGGCCCGGCCCCCUGAAGGCCCAGCCAGUUCUGAGCCCCCAGCCCAGCCCCACCUGGAGGAUGGUCCCCACUUCCUAAGGAGGACUGACAUUGCCUCCCCGAGUGGCAGGAGCAGGCAGAGCCCCCCCAAGGCCCUGGCCGCCCCCCCGCCCCCGCAGCGGAGGAUGCUGGUCGAUCCCAGCAGCGGCAAAUGCUACUUCGUGGAGCCUCCGCGGCAGCCGCAGAUGAAAACACUCUACGACCCCGAGACCGGGCAGUACCUCGAGGUGCUCGUCCCGCCGGUGGCAUCUCACACCGGCCUCUACCAGGCACCUUUCAACCCCCUGGUCAUGGCCCCGGGAGUCUACGGCCCAUCCUACACACCCUACAGUGGCUUCCCGGGGCUCCCGGCGCCGCCCCCACCCUCCGCCCCCUCCCCACCACACCCCGACCUGCCGGCUGCCGACAACCCCGGCCUGGCAGGGACCCCCAGCUCCGCUCCCAAGAGCGAGGGACUUCUGCUACGGGGGGCCGACUGUGGGUACCUGGAGAGCCUGUACUACAUCCCCACGGGGAUGCGCGCCAGCCCCAGCCCCGCCCAGCCCCCUGCCCCCACCAGCCCCGAGAAGGGACCCCAGCUCCGGAUGUGA